AAUAAUUAUAUAAAAAAAUGCUUUUAAGUUUAUUGGUUUAGGUUAAGAUAGAGAUUCGGUUCAAGAUUUUUAAGCUAAAGAUAAGCACCUUCCCAUACACCACUCACUACUCCAAAGAAACCCACUUUUUUAUUUUUCCUAGAAAAUUUGCUCUGAAAACAAGCUGCAAGAUGAUGGAUAUUGAUGAAGAAAAGAGCAUUACUGUCAGAGAAAUCAAACCAAAGAGCAGAAGAAUCAUGGGAGGAGGAGGACCCGAAGAUGAUAAUGAGGAGUGGCCGCCAUGGCUGUUACCACUGCUUCAAACAAGCUUUUUUGGUCAAUGCAAGCUACACGCUGAUGCUCACAAGAGCGAAUGCAACAUGUAUUGCUUGGAUUGCUUGAAUGGUGCUCUCUGUUCUCUUUGCCUCUCUUACCACAAAGACCAUGAAGUUAUUCAGAUAAGGAGAUCAUCGUAUCAUGAUGUGAUAAGGGCAUCGGAGAUACAGAGACUGAUAGACAUAUCUGGGAUUCAAACAUACAUAAUAAACAGUGCUCGGAUAGUGUUCUUGAACGAAAGACCACAGCCUAGGCUUGGCAAAGGUGUAACCAAUACAUGCCAUGUCUGCCACCGCAGCCUCCUCCCUUCCUUCACCUUCUGCUCUCUCGGUUGCAAGGUUGUUGGUACAUCCAGGAGGAUAAAUAAAAUCUGCAAAGAGGAAGACGAAUCAGAGGGUGAGUGGAUGAAUGCAACAAGUAGCUUCACGCCGUCAACGCCGCCUCCUCUGUCGAAGAGGAGGAAGGGAGUUCCUCAUCGAGCUCCGAUGGGGGAUCUCAUUAUACAAUACUAAUGUAUAUACAUAUGAAUUACAUGACAAUAGUUAAACUACACCAAUAUAACAUUGUUCUCAUUGCAUAAAAUUGGGUUACACCAAGAAAAAAAUGUAUAUUUAGAAAAAAAAAAAGGGUUAGAUAAGAGGUGUGCAGGGUUUUUA